AAAAAAAACUGAUACAUUCGAAGUUCAUUCGUUCCAAGCUAAUUACUUUUAUGUCAUUUCAUUUAGCUAAUUGGUACGUGGACGAGUCGAAAAACAUGCCUUUGUGCGGAAAUUCAUCUGGAGCAGGGCAGUGCCUUCCUGGCUACACGUGUUUACAAGGAUACGGCGAAAAUCCGAAUUAUGGUUACACAAGUUUCGACACAUUCGGCUGGGCCUUACUCUCCGCUUUUCGUUUGAUGACGCAAGAUUAUUGGGAAAAUCUGUAUCAGCUGGUGCUCCGAUCGGCUGGUCCGUGGCAUAUGUUGUUCUUCAUCGUUAUCAUUUUCCUCGGCUCCUUUUAUCUAGUUAACUUGAUUCUCGCUAUUGUCGCGAUGUCGUAUGACGAAUUGCAAAAGAAAGCAGAAGAGGAGGAGGCUGCUGAGGAGGAAGCUAUAAGAGAAGCCGAGGAAGCAGCUCUGGCCAAAGAAAAUAAGCUGGCGGCGCAGGCGGCGGCUCGGGAGGCGGCAGCCGCUGCGGCGGUGGCCGCUGCCGAUCAAAUCGUCAAAUCACCGUCAGACUUUUCAUGUCACAGUUAUGAACUGUUCGUUGGCCAGGAGAAAGGAAACGAUGACAACAACAAAGAAAGAAUGAGCAUACGUUCGAUCGAAUCAGUCAGCGAGCACAGAGUGAAACAGAUCAACAAUCACACGACCACCACUAAGCCACGAAAAGUCAGUGCCGUCUCUCGCGCCGCUAAUGGCCAGUUUACUUAUGCCUACCAGGAAAGCCUGCGGAAGGCGAGCCUUAGUCUACCUGGCUCACCGUUCAAUCUUCGCCGAAGCAGCCGCGGUAGCCAUCAGUUCACGAUCAGAAACGGCCGUGGUCGUUUCGUCGGCCCACCGGGAGGCGACCGGAAACCGCUGGUCCUGUCGACGUUCCUCGACGCGCAGGAACAUCUGCCCUACGCCGACGACUCGAACGCGGUGACGCCGAUGUCCGAGGAGAACGGCACGAUCGUUGUGCCGGUCUACUACGCGAAUCUUGGGUCCAGGCACUCGUCGUACACGUCGCACGCCUCGCGUCUUUCGUACACGUCCCACGGCGAUCUGAUCGGCGGGAUCGCGAACGCCGGCAAACCGAUGACCAAGGAGAGCCAGCUGAGAAUCAGAUCCGUCAGGCCGCCGUCCGUGAACGGGCAUUUCACGGACUCGAAUCAGAAGUACCAUUACGAGGGUGAUCUGGAAGAUCCCAUGGGCAAGGCAAAGCAACAAGACAAUCCGUUUAUAGAGCCUUCGCAACAACAUGCCGUGGUUGAUAUGAAAGACGUAAUGGUACUGAACGAUAUCAUAGAACAGGCGGCGGGUCGACAAAGCAGAACACCGGAGCAAGGAGUUUCGACCUAUUACUUUCCGACAGACGACGACGAAGAAGGGCCAAAGUUUAAGGACAAACUGUUGGCCGCGAUUCUACGUUGCAUCGAUAUCUUCUGCGUCUGGGACUGUUGCUGGUUGUGGCUUGAGUUUCAAAAAUACGUGUCACUUUUGGUGUUCGAUCCAUUCGUAGAGUUAUUCAUCACACUUUGUAUCGUCGUCAACACGUUGUUCAUGGCGCUCGAUCAUCACGACAUGGACAAGGAUAUGGAACGGGUGCUCAAGACAGGAAACUACUUCUUCACGGCAACGUUCGGUAUCGAGGCUACGUUGAAACUGAUAGCAAUGAGUCCGAAAUUUUACUUUCAAGAAGGAUGGAAUAUUUUCGAUUUCAUUAUCGUCGCACUUUCGCUACUGGAGUUAGGAUUAGAAGGUGUCCAGGGUCUUUCCGUACUGCGAUCGUUCAGAUUGUUAAGGGUGUUCAAACUGGCGAAAUCGUGGCCUACGUUGAAUCUGCUAAUCUCCAUCAUGGGCAGAACAGUAGGCGCGUUAGGUAAUCUGACGUUCGUGCUGUGCAUCAUCAUCUUUAUUUUCGCGGUGAUGGGUAUGCAGCUGUUCGGCAAGAACUACACAGACAACGUUGACCGGUUCCCGGACGGGGAUCUACCAAGAUGGAAUUUCACCGACUUCAUGCAUUCGUUCAUGAUCGUUUUUCGCGUACUCUGCGGGGAAUGGAUCGAGUCAAUGUGGGACUGUAUGCUCGUGGGCGACGUUUCUUGCAUACCGUUCUUUCUGGCCACUGUCGUCAUCGGUAAUCUGGUUGUGCUGAAUCUCUUCUUGGCGUUGUUGCUGAGCAACUUCGGCUCGUCGAAUCUAUCGGCGCCGACCGCGGACAACGAUACGAACAAGAUCGCGGAGGCGAUCGAUCGAAUAGCACGAUUCGUUAAGUGGAUCAAGCGAAAUGUCCUUUAUCUUGCUAAAAUGAUGCGAGCCAAACUCACCAAUCAGAUAUCCGAUCAGGCGCCAGGUGAGGGACCGUCCAACAGUUGGAAAGAAGAUGGAAUUGAUCGCGAUGGGGACCUAGAUCUUGCAGAUGGCGAGCUCGAUGCGUAUAGAGAUAAAAAGAGUGCCAAGGAGUUAAACCAACUCGAAGUUGCUAUCGGGGAUGGAAUGGAAUUUACUAUUCAUGGAGAUCUAAAGAAUAAGUUGAAGAAGGGUAAACUGUGCAUGAACAACAGCAAAGUUAUAGCAAAUUCGAUAAACCAUCGUGACUACAGGCUGGACAACGAUUAUAUUAAUAACGAGGACGAUACCAUCAGUAAUAAAUCGUAUGGCAGCCACAAGAAUAGAGCGUUCAAGGACGAAAGUCACAAGGGAAGUAUGGACUCGCUGGAUGGAGAAGAGAAGAAGGAUGCGAGCAAAGAAGACCUGGAACAAGAAGAAGAUCUCGGAGAAGAGGGAGAGGAUAAGGAUGGUAUCCCAGGGGACGCAAUUAUCCAAGCAGAUGAAGAUCCCAUCGAGCCCGACUAUCCGGCUGACUGUUGUCCAGAAAACUGUUACAAGAAAUUCCCGUUCUUAGCUGGUGACGAUGACGCUCCAUUUUGGCAGGGUUGGGCAAACUUGAGACUGAAGACCUUCCAACUAAUUGAGAACAAGUAUUUUGAGACUGCCGUCAUUUUGAUGAUCCUUUUGAGUAGUAUGGCUCUCGCCUUGGAAGAUGUGCAUCUUCAAUCACGACCCAUUCUGCAAGAUAUCUUGUACUACAUGGACCGAAUAUUUACUGUGAUUUUCUUCCUCGAAAUGUUAAUCAAAUGGUUGGCUCUCGGUUUCAAAAAGUACUUCACGAACGCUUGGUGCUGGCUUGAUUUCAUCAUUGUCAUGGUGUCACUCAUUAACUUCGUAGCGUCGCUCUGUGGCGCUGGCGGGAUCCAAGCCUUCAAAACAAUGAGGACCCUAAGGGCCCUAAGGCCACUCAGGGCGAUGUCUAGAAUGCAGGGAAUGCGGGUAGUCGUCAACGCUUUGGUUCAAGCCAUUCCAUCCAUUUUCAACGUGUUACUGGUGUGUCUUAUCUUCUGGUUGAUCUUCGCCAUUAUGGGCGUGCAGCUUUUCGCCGGCAAAUAUUUCAAGGUGCGUAUUCGCCUUCGUCGAUCAAUAGUGUAUAUAUAUAUUUUAUGGGAAUUCGAGCGUGAAACAAGAAACAAUGAACGAACAACUGACAAUUGGCCGUCGUUCUACUUCAUUUCACAGUGCGUAGACGCAAAUAAAACAACGCUCAGCCACGAAAUAAUCCCCGAUCGAAACGCCUGCUUGGCUGAGAACUAUACCUGGGAGAAUUCUCCGAUGAAUUUCGACCACGUAGGGAAAGCGUAUCUGUGCUUGUUCCAAGUGGCCACGUUUAAAGGAUGGAUCCAGAUCAUGAACGAUGCCAUAGAUUCCAGGGAGCUCAACAAACAACCAAUCCGCGAAACAAACAUCUACAUGUACUUCUAUUUUGUAUUUUUCAUUAUAUUCGGAUCGUUUUUUACCCUUAAUCUAUUCAUUGGUGUGAUCAUCGACAACUUCAACGAGCAGAAGAAAAAGGCGGGAGGCUCUCUCGAGAUGUUCAUGACGGAAGACCAGAAGAAAUAUUACAACGCUAUGAAAAAAAUGGGUAGCAAGAAACCACUUAAGGCCAUUCCACGCCCGAGAUGGCGGCCGCAGGCAAUAGUGUUUGAAAUAGUGACGGACAAAAAGUUCGAUAUGAUAAUCAUGUUGUUCAUCGGACUGAACAUGCUUACGAUGACGUUGGACCAUUAUCAGCAAACUCAGACGUUCAGCGAUGUCCUGGACUAUCUGAACAUGAUAUUCAUUGUGAUAUUCACCAGCGAGUGUCUCAUGAAGAUCUUCGCUCUACGUUACCACUACUUCAAGGAGCCGUGGAACCUCUUUGAUUUUGUUGUUGUUAUAUUGUCAAUAUUAGGUCUGGUUCUCAGUGACAUUAUUGAGAAAUAUUUCGUAUCGCCGACGUUGCUUCGUGUUGUAAGGGUGGCAAAAGUCGGCCGUGUGCUUCGACUCGUGAAAGGUGCUAAGGGUAUCCGAACACUUCUCUUCGCCCUGGCGAUGUCGUUACCAGCUCUCUUCAAUAUUUGCCUAUUACUGUUUUUGGUGAUGUUUAUCUUCGCGAUCUUCGGAAUGUCGUUUUUCAUGCACGUGAAGGACAAGAGCGGGCUGGACGAUGUGUACAACUUCAAAACGUUCGGCCAGUCGAUGAUAUUGCUAUUCCAGAUGUCAACGUCCGCCGGUUGGGACGGCGUCCUCGACGGUAUAAUAAACGAGGAGGACUGCCAGGAGCCGAACAACGAGAUAGGAUAUCCGGGCAACUGUGGCUCAUCCACGAUCGGCAUCGCCUAUCUACUCUCGUACCUGGUGAUCAGCUUUCUGAUCGUCAUCAACAUGUACAUCGCCGUGAUCUUGGAGAAUUACUCGCAAGCCACCGAGGAUGUGCAGGAGGGCCUGACCGACGACGAUUACGACAUGUACUACGAGAUCUGGCAACAGUUCGAUCCAGACGGGUCGCAGUACAUCAGAUACGAUCAGCUGUCCGAGUUCUUGGACGUGCUUGAGCCGCCGUUACAGAUACACAAGCCGAACAAGUACAAGAUCGUCUCGAUGGACAUCCCUAUAUGCAAAGGGGAUAUGAUGUUCUGCGUGGACAUCCUGGACGCUCUUACCAAGGACUUCUUCGCGCGGAAGGGUAACCCGAUCGAGGAGUCGUCCGACCUCGAGGUUCAGACGCGUCCGGGCGAGGUCGGUUACGAGCCAGUCUCCUCGACGCUGUGGCGCCAGCGCGAGGAGUAUUGCGCGCGUUUGAUCCAGAAUGCCUGGAGGAAGCACAAGCAGCAGCGUCUAGGCGGGCCCAGCGAGGAAAGCGACGACGCCGACACCGAUCCACGGGUCAGGCAGACCGCGGUCCUGGUCGAGAGCGACGGUUUCGUGACGAAGAACGGCCACAGGGUGGUCAUCCAUAGCCGAUCGCCGAGCGUUACCUCGAGAACCGCGGACGUCUGAUCGGCGUCCACCACGACGUCCCAAGCACCGCCACCGUCGUAGCAAGCGCCACCAACGAGCCGUAACAGAUAACACGGCGGCGUCCGUGCGACGAUCGCUCCAUUCGCAGCAUCGCCGGCUAAAACAGCUACUGAAAAAUUGUUCACACAACAGACGCGCUGACACUGCUCGCGGCGGAGCAGCGGCCUCACGGACCUCGCGCGCGCGCGCUCUCCAUCGACAGCCUUAUAGUUGUAUAAAAAAAAAGAAAAAAAAAAAAGAAGUAUUAAGAGAAGAAGAAGAAAAAAAAAAAAUAAAUACAUUCCUCCAACGAGUUGCCUUUAAAUCCACUGUAAACGCUACGAUCGUUGGGAGACACGUCGCUAGCUGAUGAACACACACGACACGAGGGUGAAGACGAAAACGCUGGUGAUUUUUUUCCUCGGUUUUUCUGGGCGAGUCCGUUUCGAGAAGUGUGAACAGGGCCGUGAACAGUGAGAGGACACGAUAGAGAGAAACACACACACACACACAGACUGCUGAUUCACCGUGUCGAUUGACCAAUCGUCCGUGCUCGUUUAUUGGGAUUAUUGGCUCGGUUCUCUCUCGGUUGUCUCGGGGGUGCAAGAGGAAUUUGUUUGUGAAGAGAGACACUGAUCAAAUGUAAUAGGAUUUGGCUGACGAAACGAAGAUGAGGAAGAGGAAUCGAAGGACAAGAAAAUGAUGUCAGGGAAAAGAACACACAGAGAGAGAAAGAGACAGAGAGAGAGAGGGAGAGAAUGACAGUCGGUGUAUAAAGAAGUGUACUCGACUCUGAACACGACGUAACCUUCGAGUCAGCUUCCCCCCAUUUCAAAAAUCGAAUUAAGGCUCGAAGGUUCACGUUGCAACGUGGCCGGGGAUUCCUGUCCUUUGAUGGACUUCGUUACGGCAGUUCUUGCUCUGUUCUCUCUCUCUCUCUCUCUCUUUUCUUUUUUUUUUUUAAGAGUUCGUACGAUGACGAUGACGAUCCGCGCAGGCUGCGUUAGUUGCACGCGUGACUCGAGACGCGCGAUCGAAACGAAAGCAAUCAUCAUUUCGCGUGACCGACAAUGAAACGAAGACCCUAGGUACGUUCUAACGGCGAGUUAACAUUGCCGCGUUCGCAACAAGAAAAAGAAUGGAUAAAAGAAAAGAAAAGAAAGAUAUAUAUAUAUAUAUAUAUAUAUAUAUAUAUAUAUAUAUAUAUAUAUAUCAGCGAUCGUUUCUCAUCUACUCUAGAGGAAAACGAAUUCCACACACACACACACACACAUACACACACACAGCCGAUUCGUAAAAUUCUAUCCGCGUAUAUUGGAUUUUUUACAUGAUUUUAAACAGCGAACCGCCAACUCGCUGACGAACACAAACAAAUAAAAAAAAUGAAGGUUGCAGGGAAAUUUGAAAAAGACAAAUCUGUAUAAAUCAAUGUUGAUUCGCUGCGGUCGAGGUUCGUGGGUGACAUUUUGAUUCGUUAUUCUGGUCAUCGUACAGUGGUGCAUAAAGACAGAGAGAGAGGUUUCUUUGAACUUGAAACUGAACAAAG